AGAGAGAGAGAGAGAGAGUUCAGCAGACGCUCUAAGCGGAGUCUCGAGAGAGGGCGAGACAGCCUCUAAACUACGGCGCAUAGAUUUUUUUCAGACUCGUUCGAGUAGCCUACGACAGCCCAGCCAGCCGCCACGGAAGCGCAGUGGCUAGACUUUUUUCCUUCUUUUUUUACGAAGGACGUUUGAGGCUCGUGUGUUGCCGAGUCGACUAUUAUUUCGGGCGUUGGAAAGACUGGAUUUGUUGGAUUUUUUUCUCUUUUCGUCGGGAAUGGGACUCUGAAACUCUUGUGUGUCUGUGAUUAGGCGAGUGUUAUAGGCUAAAGCACGGUAAAUGGAUUACCGCCGCUGCUAAACUAAACGCCCUCUCUCUUCGCUUCGCGUUAGACAUGGAGCAGCGACUACUGCACUUUGGUACGGGACUUUUCUGAAGCUUUCCCCCUCUUGUUCCGUAAAUAUUUACAUGUUCUGAGUCGCGUCGCUUGGGUUGCAUAAGUUUUUUGAGCUCUCCUCGCGGACAAACAUGGAGUCAGCCUCCUCCGCGAGCUUCCAGCCCCAUCCCGGGCUCCAGCGGACUCUCCGCCAGUUCCACCUCAGCUCCAUGAGCUCCCUCGGGGGGCCGGCGGCCUUCUCCGCCCGCUGGCCGCAGGACAUGCUCUUCAAGGCGGAUGGCAAAUGCGGCCAGGGGUCGGUGCUGGCGGCGCUCCCGGUGGCCCAGCAGCAGACCCCGCCUGUGAUAUUACCGGGACCUCUCUUCAUCCCGUCCGACCGCUCCACGGAAAGGUGCGAGACUGUUCUGGAACGGGAGCCCAUCUCGUGUUUCGUGGUCGGUGGGGAGAAGCGCCUGUGCCUGCCGCAGGUCCUCAACACGGUGCUGCGGGACUUCUCGCUGCAGCAAAUCAACGCGGUGUGCGACGACCUGCACAUCUACUGCUCCCGGUGCACCGCGGACCAGCUCGAGAUCCUUAAGGUCAUGGGCAUCCUGCCCUUCUCCGCGCCCUCGUGCGGGCUCAUCACGCAGACGGACGCCGAGCGCCUCUGCAACGCGCUCAUCUACGGGGGCUCGUACCCGCCGAGCAGCGCCGCCACCGACAAGCAGCUGUCCGGUACCGGCAGCAUCUCGCUGGAGCGCACCGAAAAGAGCUUCAAAGUCUACCACGAGUGCUUCGGGAAGUGCAAGGGGCUGUUCGUGCCUGAGCUGUACACGAGCCCCGGGGCCGCGUGCGUGCAGUGCCUGGACUGCAGGCUAGUGUUCCCGCCGAGGAAGUUCGUGGUGCACAGUCACAAGCGCCUGGAGAACCGGACCUGCCACUGGGGGUUCGACUCGGCCAACUGGCGGGCCUACCUGCUGCCGGACCCGGACUGCGGAGAGCAGGAGCGGAAGGAGAUUCAGGCAGUCCUGCGAGAGAUCAAGGCCAGAUACGAGACAGCAGUAGCAGCCGCCGCCGGGGGCAAACACAAGCACAACCACAACAACAACUACCGGGCCUAUAGCCCCACCCCCUCCAAGAGAAGCAAGCACGACGCCUGUCUCUCCCCCUCACCUGGCAAAGACAAGCAACCGGAUUGGCUGCAGAUCCUCUCAGCAUCCGCUAACAAGGAUUUGAAGCAGCUGCAGUGUAAGCAGCGCUCCUCCGCCUUCCGGCCCUGGUCUCCUAGAAACGCAGCCGCAGACAAGGACAUACACAGCCUUCAACACAGGUUGUCUGGUAAGGAUACGGACCUCGUUGAGAAAGACGAAGGCCUACUGUCUCCAAUGGUGACGGCCCCCAAACAGCUGACACGUGAUGCUGUGACACCCCCACCGCCCCCCUCUCGCACCCCGGGCCAGGAGUGCCACAGGGGUGGACCAGGGGCUCCCAAAUUUGAGGAGAACAGCCCCCCUGCCCCACUCAGGGCUGACCCUACGCCCACCCCCUCCUCGCCACCCACCAGAGGAGAGGAGAUGGAGGUGAACAGCUGUGAUGAGGGUCCCAGACCCUCCUCCUUGCUGGCCCCUCCCACUUCCCUCCUCAACGGCAGCGGAUUGGCCGGCGAGCGGCUGUUGUCGGGGCAACCGCUGACCUCUGACCUGGAGGCCCUGCGUGAGUCUCUGGGCGGCGACCUGAGUUCGAGAGAGUCUCGCGAGCGCUUCCUGCAGGCCGUACUGAGAAUGCGGAUGAAGCAGGAGGAGAAACUCACCGCAGCACUACAGGCCAAACGCAACCUGCAACAGGAGGUGGACUUUGUGCGCGUGAGUAAGCGAGGCGGUCUCCGCGAGGCGCUGGAGUCGAAGCGUGCGUUGCGGCGGGAGGUGGAGCGGGUUCGAGCCGAGACGGAGCGGAAGGUUCGCGAGGCCAGCGAUGCCUGCAGUCGCCUGCAGAGGGAGAUAGAGAGGCAGCGCAACUCACACUCACACUCACACUCACACCCCUGUGGACCAGACUGCCACGCCAGCGCCUCCCUCAGGGCACAGUACUCCACACAGAUCGAGGAGCUUCAGGCCAAGUUGGCGCGUGCGGAGGACGAUCGUGAGCAGCUGAGGUGCGAGCUGCGGAGGGAGAGAGACGCGCGGCACAAACUGGAGAAGCUCGUCAGAGACAUGCAGAACCAGCUGCCCACGCACACGCACACACACUCAAUCCCUCACACACACGCUCACACACACUCACCACACACACCACAUACACCACACACACCACCCGGCCUCAACGAGCACAGAGACAACAAGACUGAGGACUCCUAACUAUGAGGCAAUGCACAGAGCACAUCACAGGAACCUGUGUGUGUGUAGAUGUGUGUGUGUGUGUGUGUGUGUAUGUGAGAGAGAGAGAGUUAGAGGUGUAUGUGUUAUCCAGUAAGAAGAGUGUAAGACUUUGUAUAAGCAUCAAAUCAAAUAUAUGUCACAAAACACAAAUAUAUGGGAGAGAAUGAGCGAAGUACGGAAUGUACCGUAUGUUGGGACAAGUAACCCUGAUUGUAACAGUGUCUAUGGAAACAAACUCUAAUGGUAACCAUGGUAACCGAAAGAAAGCAUGUAUGUUCACCAUGGUAACGGUGACAUUAACAGUAUGCAAACUAUGGAAACUGGACUCUGUAUUUGACUCUGAUGUCAUGUCAGCAGCCAUUUGAUGGUACCAGUGCCGAACUGGAUCGGUACCACAGGUGCUCUAGCUACACCUGUGAGUCUACACCCACUCAAGAUAGCCACCUUCUUCAUAGACCUACCCAAGAUGGCCGCCCUCCACUUAGAUUCACCUAAUAUGGCCGCCUCCUUCAUAGACUCAUCCAAGAUGGCCGCUUGAGUGUGCUGCCAGUAUGUCCUCUUCUGCGACCAUUUAAGGAUUUUGACAUAUAAGCUAUUUAUACUGUACGUGCAGAGGCAUAAACUUGAAAGGACGCGUGUGGAAAACUGUAUGCUUGGAUUCUGUUUACACAACUACAGCGGUGGGCCCAUGUUUCAUUCCUGCCACACACACACACACACAGAUCCGUAGAUACGUACACUAUACACACACACAUACAAAUAGAUACAUUACACACACACUACAGUACACACAGCAUGUACGUAUAGCAGUCAGGGGUGUCACUACACAAACGUGUGCAUUUACACACAUGCUCCUUGUAUUUCUACUUCUGUUCUUAUACACACAGAGAGAGAACUGUAUUAUUAACCCUUACUCAGCCAUAACACGCUCCUUAACUCUUAUAUUUAUGCUAGUAUUACCAGUUAGCGUCAUCCACAGCUAUUUUAUACUAUACCGCAAUGCAGAGAUAAGUUAGCGCCAUCUGCAGGUUAUGUUACAUAUUACACAGCAAGGAAGAGCAACGCUUUACGAGAUAGUAGCCUACACAUUACAGCAACAUAAUGCGCUGUGUGUUCGCAUGUGUGUGCGUGUGUGUGUGUGUGUGUGUGUGUGUGUGUGUGUGUGUGUGUGUGUGUGUGUGUGUGUGUGUGUGUGUGUGUGUGUGUGUGUAUGAGUAUGUAUGCAAGAGCUCUUGUAGAAUGGGAAAUGUCUUGUGUGUUUGGCCUCAGAUCUUCGUUUUGUAUCCCUUUACCUUAGCACUCCAAAGUCUCCACAUAAGCAGAUUAUUACACCACCUUUCUAUACUUAUAUACAGAUACCAAUGUAUAUUUUUGUACUCGGCAACAAAUUAAUUGCACUUUUAAGAAAAAAGAAAAAACAAUAGUAUUGUGCAUUUUUCUCCCUUGUAUGACUUUUUAAAAGAGCAUAUAGCAACACGAUUAUUGAAAGCUAUUUUACAGAUGUUUGUAACUUGUGUAAUUAACUCUACGGGGUUUUGGAGAGAGCUGAGCUGUUUGCAGUAACGUAACUAAUACUAUUGUCCUGCUUCUCUGCUAAUGGGUACAGUCCGUUAUCCCAAACUCCCGUCCUCGGCCUGUGCUUGACUUUUCCCCAUUCAGCAUCGCAAUUGCAAAUGAGAAACGGACCUUUGAAAUGGUCUUUCACGAGAUAUUGAAAUAAACUUCUGUCGUCAAUGACGUCUUGCAGUGCUAUCACAAGGCCGCAAGCACAAGUGAAGACGGGAGUUAGGAUAAUGGGGAAAAAAGCCUUUGUCAUAACGGGCUGCUAUCGUUUUUCCUCUUCAGGGGUGCGUUACUCGAAAGCCUAGUUGUUAGCCAGUUAGGAUAGUUGGUAAUGGGAGAUUGCAUUACAAGCAAGAAAGUAGCUAACAAAGUUAGCAACUACGGUUUCAAUUAAUGCACCCCAGAUCGGUAUCAUCGCCACAUGCGCUUGCUUCUUACUUUCGUACGACUCUAUAGGGCAUUUAGCAGUAAUAGUCGCUCUGUUACCAUGGAUACUGUACCUAUGGUGAAGUGUUUGUUGUUCAAGAGGUUGUGAGCGCAGGCUAGCAAUGGACUCCAUGGCAACCCAGUGGACAUGAUGUACAGUAUUUACCUUCAGAUCUUUGAUGUAUAAUUAUAUAAUUUUAUAUCUUUGUAGCGCCCUCUCCUGUCAGGUGGCCUGUUUUUUUUUUUUUUUUUUUAAAGAACUUUGUCAGGCUUUCUAUUUUCAAUGGCUUUAUUUAUUCUGACAUUCUAGCGGAUUGAUAAUUACUCUAGAUGAGACCUACAUCACAUAAAAAAAACGUUUAUACUCAACCCCUACCCCCUCCCCACUCCCUCCCUCCUGCUUAUCGUUACAGCUUAAUUUCAUGCUUUUGUUUCUCAUUUAAAGUCCAUAUAAUACCCAUUAAACAGAAUCAAAAAUA